AUGGUGCUCCAGACUUCUCCUACCAGUGGUCAAUUAUUACACUUCAAUGCAAGCUCCGAGUCCGAACCGCCUGAGAUGCCGUCAUUGAAUCCGUUUUUUGUGCCAAUGCAACGCGCUUCCGUCGAAAUUCAAGCCAAGAUCUGGUCUCAAAUCCUGUACUUCGCCAUGUGCUGCCCACAACGCGAAGAGAACGCAAUUACCGGUCGUUUGUGGCCCAACCGAAUAACUGGUCCUAGGCUCCCUAUGCUUCUUGUCUCCAAGACCUUCCUUAAACUUGGUCUUCCCCAUUUUCACGCUCAUAUCUGGCUUCGUUCUGUUUCCAAGGAAGCUCUAUACACUGCACUCCAAUCAGGCACACUGAAACCUAUGCAAACAUUCACGACUAGAGUCGAGAUUCCCAUGAGCACCGUCAUUGCUAUCGCUCAGCAUUCUGGAAACUGUCUUGCCGUCAUGCGCCUUGCAAUUCAAGACCAACCUCUUUCCCAGCCAGAGUCGACCCGGGUCUUCUCUGAAUUCUCGACGAUCAAACGCUUACAUUGGAAGGGCGUGGUUCCAUUCAACUUGGAACCGAAUGCUCGCUGUCCCCCUGACUCUCUGUCGAAACUAGAGUUCUUGAGCAUGAAGCAAAUGGACCCGAGCCUUGUCACCAUCCUCGCCGGUCUUGCCUUGCCCGCUAUCCGUGUUCUGCGGUGUGCGCCACCUUCAAACUCCCGCCCAGGCUGCCCACUUGAAUGGGAGCCAUUGUUGAGAGCCCAUGGGAAGAAACUCUCUGAAGUACAGCUGACUGUCGGGGUGCUUGGUGAAAUUUGCGAGCAACUUAUCCUACUUGAUCUCUGUCCCAACCUUACCAGUCUGGAAAUCAUUACAUACAGGGCGACACAUUUGGCUGCCCCGCCGUCAACUACCAUAUUCACUGCACAACACCCUCGCCUUUCUCUAACAAAGCUCAAGUGUACCAUUCCCAAUUGGCCACAAAAACGCACUGCUGGCGCCGAGAUCAUGCUCCGAUGGGGUGUUUUUCUGUCAGCUUUCGACCUAGGCACUGCGACUCGGGCAUCGGUCCCUAACCUCCGCGAGAUUUCAUGUUGCCAAUGGCCAAUUCACGAGUAG